AUGGCCGAAACCGUUGGCUUUGUAUCUGCCCUUUUAGGUCUGACUAUCUUGACUUUUGAUGCAAGCAAAACUCUUUAUGAAGCUGUUUCUAGCUUCAGAAGCCAGCGGAGGACAAUCAGAGACUUGCAACUUGACCUGAGCUCUCUUCUGGAUGUGCUCCAGUCAAUCCGAGACUUGGCGGAGAGCUCGCACGAAUCCGAUAGACUCGAAGCUCUACGUCUACCUAUGGAAUGCUGUCUAGCAAUAUGUCAGGAUCUGCAAGUGACGCUCGAUUCAUGCACAAAGCACUCGGAUGAAGGAAGGGAUAGUAUUCGUGACUGGCUCAGCUUGCGAUAUCACGAAAAGAGUUUCGAAGAUAUGAAGAAGCGGCUUGCUAGCUAUAAAGCGACUCUUAGUAUAACCUUUCAGUUGAUCACCUUGGGCGAUUUGAAUAUCACGCGAGACUCAAUACAAAAUCUUGAAAACACCAUCCAAGGCACUAAAGAAGAUCUUGACGAUCAGUUAGAACAAGUGCGAGAGACCAUUAGUGGUGCAGAUGUAUCAACCCGGAAUAUCCUCCAAACCGAUCUGGCCCAACUUCAGAGCAGCAUGCAAAGUCUCCAGAGCAGUAUUGCGAGUCUUGAGCAAGUAAAGGCCACCCUUCCUACUCUUACUAUCACCGGAAAUCAAGCCGAGAGUAGUCGUGCGAUUUUUGGCACGGAUACGCAUCAGCCAAGCUUUAAUAUGAACGUGUCGAAUAAUGCAGCGAUGCGAGGAUCAGUGAUAGCAGCUGGGGUCCACACCCCGGGAACACUUCAAGCGUUGCUGAGAGAUACUUCGACGCCUCACGUUGCGCUGGCACUUCGGGCAGUACAAGGUCAAUCACACAGUAGUAACAUUCCCAUUAGUCAGUCCGUUCUGCGCAGUAUGUCUGCGGAAAACUCCUCGUUGGUUGACUCUACGAUCUUAGCAGACGGACCACCACGCAAUAUGAUUGAGGCAUCGUCGACCAGCCAUGAACAGCCAAAUGAAGACUCUCGUGUUGUUCGCUUUGAUAUUCUCGAGCACCAAAGCCGAUCAUAG